AUGCGUUCACUCAUCAAGUCCCACCGGCGUAGUGACUCAUCCACUUCUGAUGGGCCGAGCGAUUUACCCAGACCACGGGCCUCAAAGACUACUCCAUUGACUUCUCCACUGAUACCUCAACAUGCUUCCAACCUCACGCCUCCCCUGACGCUCUCAGGCUCGCUGACAACCACCAUGAGUUCCCCCAAGAAACUUUUGACUCCCAUCAAGAAGAUGUUUGGCCAUCACUCAAGAUCCAACACUUCUAACCUCUCGCCCGGCGUAUUGGCUACUGGCGAUUCACUCAAUGCUGCUGUGUCAAGUUCCUUCGAGCCACCGAAGGGCCGCAAGAAGCAAAUGAAGUUUGCAAGCUCUGCCAGCUUGUCCGAACUCCAGCAGCUGCAUACCACUGCCUCAUCCAAGAAACAGCUCGCGUCUUCGGCGCUGAUGGAGAUCAUCCAUGACUCGCUCUCGGAGUCACUCCGUCUACCGCCUCCUAAGUUUGUGGCUCUUUCAACGUAUUCGGAUAGUUCUGUUGAAACUAAGCCUUCUGAGGUGAUGCCUAUAGUAUUCGACAAAGGCUUGGGACUACUGUUGGAUAAUGAGGCUGAUUCGGUUAUAUCUAUCGUCAACUCCGAGGGUAAUUUUCAGGCAAAGCAGGCUUUGUCGCAGGAGCUUUUGGGCGAAGCUUCCAGCAGGGGUGAUACCGAAGCAUAUUAUGAAGAUGACGACGAACUGAGAGAUUCUGAUGCUUCGUCACAAUUUUCCUUCGUUAAAGACAUGCGAGGAGGACGUAACACCUCGGUCAAAUAUUACAAGACAAAGACUUCUGGAAGGACUGUAGGAGGAUCUAAACCGGGGUUCUUUCAGGUCGACGAUAUGGGUUACGAGGAUGAGGCUGCAUUGUCCGACUAUGACUUUGAAAACAAUGGAAUGGACGAUGACGAUGGCCUAGAAGAUCGAGAUUUUGAUGACUUCGAAGGAACCAACCGCUACGACGAUUUCUUGGAUGAUAAUGAGACCUCCCGUGUAUCUGGUUUGGUCGAGACAGACGAUCCCCGGGACGACCACACUAAUGAACUUGAUGAGUAUGAGGGGAAUCCCAACGAAAAUGAAUUCGACAAUUACGAGGACCAGCUCGGAGAGUAUGAUGAACAACUUGACGAUUAUGAGAAUGAAGGAUUUGAUUUCGAUGGGCUAGACGAUUAUAAUGAAAUCGUUCACGAUGUCGAUGAGGAAAUGGAGGUCCCAGGGCACCUAGAAGCAUCUCAACAAUUGUCUGACUCAGCAUCAGCAUCUGGCCCUGAUCCUCCACUGUUCUCGUUUGCUCAUAGCAGAGAGCAGACCCCUGAAUUAAGAAUUGGCCUGCCAGAAGGUUUUGCAUCUCCAGGCGAUGGCUUGACUGAGGAACUUUUGGAUAGUUAUCUUCAAAACUUCGAAACACCAUCAACAGUCGGAGCCCUUGCAAGAUCGCCGUUUGAUCUGCUUGGAAACGACUCACCAUCGCCAUUAAUCAAUGGUGUUACUUUUGGAUCUGAACAAAAAUUUAGAUCGCAUAGAAUCUCUAGAAACAUGGCUCUGAAUCGAUCCAAGAAUGAUAUUUCUGAGGAACCAGAAAUUCUCGCCAAUGAUUCCUCACUUGGGUUGGGAAUCACUCCGGCCGAAAACAAGAGACAGUCCAUUGUAAACAUGAUGGAUUUGCUCGGCUCGUUGGAAGAGGCGGCAUCGAAAGAUCAAGGACAAAAGGAUUUAGAAGAGAUGAGAACACUUUUUGAGGAAUUGGACAAGCAGAACACAUCCGAAAAACCAGCUAAACGGAGCCUGGUUGUCAAUAUGAUGAACACGUUGGCCAACCUAGAACAUGCUCUCAAUGUGCCCACGGAGACUCUGAAAAAGAAGGCAAGAAACUCGAUUGCAGACAUGAUGAAAACUUUAGCUGCUCUUGAAAUUCAGAACGAAGAAAAGACGACUUCAUCGCAAGAAACUGUCGUUGCACUGUUGCCUAAUACUUCUUCAAGCAUCAGUUCAGGAGAAAAGAAAAGAUACUCGUGGCUUAGCAAUGGAGAACAAUCAAAAGGUAGACUUGAUGAACUCACUCAAGGUAAUAAUCAAUUUGAUGAAGAUCUACUAGAUGAGAUCAAUCAACUCCCCGAGGACUUUGAUUUUGAAGACCAAGAGACACGUUAUGAAACAAACGAGGUUCCGAAUUUCUACAGGUCAAACUCUUACAAUAAGAAGCCUUCGAAAGCGGUGGUUGAUAAUUCAUAUCAAAAGAACAAGAUCGAAACGUCUCUUAAAACCGUGACAUUCUACCGAUCAGGGAGUCUCAGAGCCACAGAUAACUUGAGCAGGACUGGCUCAGUCAUUUCAUCGACAUCCUUUCACUCCUUUAAUGAAGACGAAGAAGAAUUUGAAUCAGAGAAAUCACCUGGUCUUCCUAAACAGUCUCCGCUUGGCAUUCAUCAUAACUCUCAUCUUUUCGAGUUGUCAAAUGAUUCUUCCAGCCACAAGUCGUUCGUUCUCGAACCUAUUACGGAAUCGGAAAGUCCUGUUAUAAAGUAA